GGAGCAGAUCACAACAUAGAGAACUUCAGCCGUCGUCAUGCAUGUGUCUAACUACCAGAAGAUUUGUGUGAUUUGAAAAGACUUGAGAAGGACGAAAAGCUCACAGGAAUACAAGAACUCAGUCAGCAGACAGAAUCGACAGUAACUCCGUGCUAAAACAUGGCCAGCACCCAGACCAGUUUGAAAACCCCUUUCAAAGACUUGACCUCAUUCAAGGGCAACCUGAAACGGCUGUACAGAGAGAGACUGGAAGAUGCUCCCAUCAAGAAACGUGUGAUGGCAGAGAUUAACCUGAAGCGUCGCAGCUUGGAUUCCCUCCCCAAAACUCCCAAGGUGAAGAGGGAGCAAAUGGAGGAGCUGCGUCAUGACUCUGAAUUAGAUGUAGAGGGUCGGGCUGAACUGCACGUGGUGGGCUCUGCUAAAGCCCUGGACUUGAGCCCUGGCCUCAAACACACACUGGCUCAGUUCACUCUCAGCAGCCAGAGCUCUCUUGGAGGCCCAGCUGCUUUCUCUGCCCGCACUGGCCAUGAGCAUUCCCCUGCUGGCAUGCCCCCCCUGCCCUCCCCUCCUGUUCUGGGAGGGGGCCCUCUGCUGGUUCCCUGUGACAGCUCCACUGAACUCACCCACUCAUUGCUGGAAGGUGAAUCUAUCUCCUGCUUCGUUGUAGGAGGCGAAAAGCGUCUGUGCCUGCCCCAGGUACUCAACUCUGUUCUUCGCGACUUCUCACUUCAGCAGAUCAACACAGUGUGCGAUGAGCUCUACGUCUAUUGUUCACGUUGUGAUGCUGAGCAGCUGCACAUCCUCAAGGUGCUGGGCAUCCUGCCGUUCAACGCACCUUCCUGUGGCCUCAUUACGUUGACGGAUGCACAACGGUUGUGCAAUGCUCUGUUGCGUCCUGGGGCAGCUUUGCCUGCUGACCCCAGUGGUAAGCUGUCGGCCCAGGGCCUGCUGAAGGAGAGUGAAGCCAGCUUCCAGGUGGAGCACCAGUGUCUGGGGAAAUGCCAGGGUCUCUUCGUGCCCCAGUUCUAUACUCAGCCUGAGGCACCCUGCAUCCAGUGUGUUGAGUGCCAGUUGCUCUUUUCCCCACAGAAAUUUGUCAUGCAUUCACACAAGUCACCUGAUAAGCGGACCUGCCACUGGGGUUUUGACUCAGCCAAGUGGCCCUGCUACUUGCAACUUGCCAGAAAGUACCAGGGUACGCCUGAGGAGCCCAAGCUCAAGCAGCUCCUGGACGAGGUCAAAGAGAAGUUCCAUUACCAGUUAAAACGGUCCCUAGAUAAAAAGGCAGUGGAGGAAGAAGAGAACCAGGUGAAGAAAUCCUCAGCAGAGAUUUGCUCCCCUGGUGGCAAGUUGACCGAUGCCGACCCCGUGAGGAAGGGGAAAGCUUCUCCACCUACUCUGGUGUUUAAUCGUCUUUUUUCUGACAUCAAGGAGGAGCCAGGACACCCCACCCUGGUCCAUCCCAGUUACUACCUGUACACAUACGAUAAGAUGGUGGCCCCCAACGUAUCUCUGCGAAGGGAGGCCGAGAUGAGUCCUGAGAUGCUGGGAGCGUUGCUCAAGCACCAUUACAGUCGCAGAGUGAUGGGCCACGAUGAGCCACCCAUGGAUCUUCACGCGUCGCCUCCCAUCGCGGCUGGCGCCGAGGAGGCCAAAUCCCAACAUGCUGCUGCUGCCUUGGCCACCGAGCGGGAAUGCCAAACCCAGGCAGUUUCCAUGGAGACAAGCAGCCCAAGCUGCAAGAAAGCCACCCACACCCCUACCCACACCCCUCCUCCUACUCCUGCAUCGUUGUUGUCGCCGGUAACGGAAGUAGAGGCUAAAGACAUGGGCUCUGCCACGAGCAGUGCUGCAGUGGUGGUGGGGGGGCUGGAGGACGACAAGGACAGGAUUGUUGUGGAGAUCAUGCAGAUGUACAGCAGGCAGCAGGAGAAGCUCAACUCCACCCUGCACAAGCAGCUGCAGCUGGAAAUGUCUCUGUGUGUCAAGGAGCUGGAGGCAUUGCGUGGGGGUGAGGCGGCACGGCUACGGGAGCUGAGCGCCGAGCAACGGGAGCUUCGCAGUGAGCUGGAGGCAGUGCACAGUGAACAGGCACGACAGCUCAGCCAGGCCCGCCAGGAACAGCUGGAGCUGGAGACCCGUCUGGAACAGCUCCGACAGCAGGCCUGCGCCUGUGAACCUGGGGCACAGCGCCAGCAAGAGGCCCACUACACUGCACAGUUGUCCGAGCUGCGUCAGAGGCUGGAGCGGGCGGAGGCGGACCGGCAGGAGCUGCAGGAGGAGCUGCGCAGGGAGCGGGAGGCGCGGGAAAAGCUGGAGCGCACAAUCACCCAGCUCAAGCAGCAGAUGGCCCAGUCUAACGUGGUGGGAGGCAGCCCCUCUCCUCCUCUUACCCCUUCUACCGGACCCCCUAACGCCCACUCCCCGCCCUCCUCCUCCUCUUCCUCCAUAUCAGAGGCCCCUGUGGCUGGCCAGAAGUAACCGCCACCACCCCUAUAGGUGCCUCCCUUCCUCCCUUCAUUCCUUUCUCCAUCACCCGCCAACUUUACAGACACAAACAGAUCAGCCACAAACAGAAAGGAGCCUCACAUCUCCUCAGGUUGUUUUUUAAGUUGUGCAUCUCACCUUUAACCCUUUUAUUUCAAUGUAGGACUGAAAUAUUGUUUUUUUGUAAUUUAACAUCACUUAAAAGAAAACUUUUAUGUUGUGUUUUUGUUUUUUGUUUUUUUUUAUUAAUUUGCUCCCUUCUCUCUUUAAACAGUAUUUAAAGAUUUUUGGGCAUCUAUGUUUGAUUUUAUUUAUAGUUUUUACUGAACAAACAGCUGCUUCUCAGACGGGAGUUUGGUCAAGUAGUGACCAAUUCAACUAUUCCCCCCCCACAUUAUUGCCCCUAUUAUUGCUCCUAUUUCCUCUUCACCCUCUCUGAAUUUUGGAGAUAAUGACUCGGAGAUCUCAGCUCAGACACAGAGACUUUCUUCACAGACGUCACAUCAUGCUACUACCUGGCACAGCAACUGGCGCUCAUGGACGCAUUAAAAGGUGCCUGGUUGCGUGCCCGUUUUGUCUUUCUGGACCUUCAGAUCCAAAAACUCAAGCACCAGCGACUGCAGGAAACGGCAUGGACAUUUCACCACAGUUUCUUGUUCCCUAUGAAAUGCAGUGAAAGAAACGUGUGACACCUGUUGAAGUCUACAUGGAGGAGAUAGACCUUUACUGUACAAAAAACCUUUUUGCAGAUGUCAUAAAACCUCAUGAAAAUAUGCCAAUAGUGACGCUGAACUUGAAAUUAAUGUAUUGAGUUUGACAUGUCUCCCAUGGUAGCUAGCUAGCAAAUUGUCUGGCCUUGAACUCCUUAGCACAGACUGGUUCCUCUGUUCCUCUCCACUCUGCUGGGCAGCACCUGGACUCUGUUGUAGACCAAACAUUCUGAUGGUUGAUCCACCAGCUGCCCUGUGUCUCCUCUGCUCACCCCAAACCCUCCCACACUCCCCAGGAGAACUCACACCUUCCACCGCUGUAGUCUAGCACCAUUGUUGUCUGCUUGGAAUCUCCUUAACACUGUGGUUUUUUUCAACCCAUUUUUGGGCUAGACAGGAAACACUGUGCUCUUUUCAGGCUUGGCAUGAAGAAGCUUACGAGCAGUGUUACGCACUUAAUGUGCUCGCCUCCCCAGAAUCCCCUGUGAAAGGAAUGCGUCUGGACAUGGGGGAUGGUUGAGCCAGUGUAGCUUUUCUAAGAAGAAGAAAAGGCAGAGUCUCACAUGUGCGGUAGCUGUACUGUGUUACCAUAAUACAUAGGACAUCCUCGCAUGCCCGUACACACUCGAGUGUGUCGGCGCAGUCCGAGCAUUCAGGCAGAACAAAGGCCCCAGCCAGCGUUCCCAGCAGAUGAUCAAAGCUCCAGUCUGUCUCUUGUUUUCUGGGCUUUUUUGUAUCAUUUGACUUCAUUGUUCGCAGACAGUUUUAUCCCCAUCCUAUUUGUCUGAGUGUCAUCUUGGUUUAGGAAUGUGGGUCGCAGGUGAAAGCAGUUAGUGCAGGGUGGUUUGGGCCUCCGGUCUGGCCCCUGCUUCACGUUAUUCUGCCUGACUGAACAAACAGCACCGGGCUGGGCAGGCAGGGAGAGGAAGAGGAGAGGCGAGGAUUUGAGGGGAGCGCUCAGGGGACAGGCUGGGUGGCCCGGACGCCAGGGAUACAAGAGGGAGCCCUUUUUUUUUUUUGUUUUGUUUUGUUUUGUGCUGUCAGAAUGAGGGCAGCUGUUGUUGUCUGGGGGCCUCUGCCUGCCCUCGGGUAAGACUGUACAGGAUUUCCAUCUCGCAACAACCUCCCUACCCCAUUCUCACCCACAAAACCACCAUCAUUCACUCACUCACUUACUCACUCACUCAUCCACCCACCCACCCUCCCACACCUCAAUUUCCAGUACCAGAUCAGCUGGGGGUGCGCAGUGUUUUGUCGAUGACCAGGAGAAUGAGCAGACGUCCAGCCAGAGGAAAAGAGGACUUUUAUUGUGUCAGUUGCCAGGCAAAAGCGCUUUUUAUUGCCACUAAGGAAGAUCCCUGUAAGCGAGAGUGUGUGUGUGCGUGUGUGUGUGUAAAUAAUUGUUUAAAAAGAAGGGGAUCGGCCUUAGCUAAACUCUGAGCUUUUUUUUUAUGCAUCUGCUAUAAAUGCAAAUUGAUAGACAUUCCACUGUGCUCCAUCCUGUUCAAUGCAGAUUUUCUCACAGCUUCCCUUUACAAUAACAGACCAGGCAGAGUACAACUGUGGUUUGUUAAUAGUUAUAAAAGGAGGUGCAGGUGCAAGCCGUAAAAUCAAACCCAUGCCGCAAAUGUACACUCUACUGUUGUUCCAUUUAAACCUUUAUUGAAAUUAUGAAAGAAAAUAUUUAACGUAUUAACUAAAGAUUUAUAUUCACUUUGUAAAUACAGUAGUCAUUAAUAUAUUAACUGUUCUAUACAAAUAAUCUUCAAAAGGUUAUAUAAAUUGGACCAGAACAAGGCUUCAGGUGGCCUGAAUCUAUCUUUUUUUUCUGUCUUUCUUUCUUUCUUUAGUAAUCAUUGCAGAUAUCGGAACUUGACUUGUGUUGAGUGGAUGUGGGGGAGUGAAAAGCAUGGUUUACUGAGACAUAAUGCAGGACAAAGGCAAAAUAGGAAAAAAAAAAAAAAUGCUUUGUUACACACUUCCCCCUUUCUGAACUGAUGAUUUUUUUUUUCUUUUUUUUUUUUUUUUUUUUUGUGGAUUUCAUCUUGAUGGACUGUUUCACGUGUAAUGUAAUGAGCUUUUCCUCUUUGUUAAAAUCCCCUUCCUUGAGCAAAAUUGAAAACAAAACAUUUGUUUAAGAAAAUGCAUUUUGGAAAAAAAAAAACAAAAAAUGAUGUUUUUUGCAUGUUUUGCUGCCCCUUAUGUUUUGUGUCACAGGGCCACUCUAUCAAUCUGUUUAUUGUAAAAAGAAAAAAGUUGUUUCCCCAUGUAACGCACAAACUGACGAGUUGGCGCAAAUGCAUGAACAUUGAACAUGUGUAAGUUUUAUAUCAUUAUUGGUUCAGAGGUUGGCUGAAUAUAAAGUUGAGAUAUUAAGAACAUAACAUGUAGCCUAAUAUGAUCUGGAAAUGAGAAAGUGUGUGUGGGUGAGAGUGUGUGCAUGUGUGUGUGCGUGUGUGUGUGUGAGUGAAUGUGUUGGCCCGCCACACCUAACUUAAGCACAGCAGCCAUGAACAGGGAAGGAGAAAAACUUAUUCAUGUAGCUGUAUGGUUAUGUUUUCAAUUUGAGAUCACAUAUCCUCGUCUGCAAUCUGGACGCGUUGACAUCACUCAGACUUUAAUCAGUAUUCAUUUUGAUUUACUCAUUUACUUCUGCAACAGGACGCAAAACAGGUGAAAUCUUUCAACAACACAUGGGAAAAAAAAUAAAACUCCUUUUAUUUUCAGUGUAAUUUGUGUUGCACACACAAGGGGGCGCUGCUCAGUUGUACACUUUAUGAAAAACAGGACUUAACGAUAGGAGAAACUGUGCUGGGCUCUCUUUUCUUCUUUUUUUUUUUUUUUUUUUUAAAGCAUUUUGCAGUGUUAUAAAAACUUGGAUAUGCUUUGUACAGAAAUUUUACAGGUGUGACGUUUGCCCAACUUGCUAAAAUAAGGAUUUGCCAAGUGAAAGGAGCAGGUGAACACAUUUGACUGCAGGAUUUACAUAACUCAUUACUUUCUGAUUAUGUGAAGAAACCUUGUAAACAAAUCCAAAAGAGGUGACCUCUGAACUUUUGCAGGUGGUAUGCUUUGUAGUUGGGUGUAAAAUUUUCAACCAGUAAUUAUUCUAAGCCAGUGUGGGAGAAAUUAAAAGUAGACGGUAUCAGUGAUUAACCAGAGGUCGCUGGUUAUUAAGAGUAGGUACACCAUGUUUUAAUACCUUUUAAUACCGUAUACAUUCUGUUAGGAAGAUGGAUAAAAAAUAUUCACAGCUUUGCUAAAAAGAAAUGUUUAUUCCCCUCGAUGCUGUUCUGAAACAUAUAACGCAGUGUCUGUGUAUGACCAUUGCAUAGUACGUUGCCAAUACUACAGUGUGAUGAGACUUUUGUUCUUGCAUGAAUCGAGACACUGUUCUCCUACCUCAUGUUGUGAUAUAAAAAGAUGUUUUUUAAGCAGAAGACACUGCAUCUGUAACUGUUUAUCAUCAUUGAUAUUUACUAGUAAAUUACAUACCUGUAAAUGCUUUUAGCUAAUACCUCAGUUGUAUCUAGUGUUUGUUUUUUCUGUUCUUGCCCCUCCCUGAUUUCAGAUCUUGUAAAUAAACCCUGUAUAGACAAUGAACUUGGAUCAAAUUCAAGUAAAGUUCUGUAGUGUCAAAUGAG